CGAUUCAAUUUGCUAGUACACUAUCAAAGUACUCUUGCUUUUAUAAGUCCAGAUCUCUCUAUGGCUACUAGAAAAAGUAUUUUUAUCGUUGGUUUCUUUUUCACCUUGAUCGCCCUUCAGUCGAUGACUGUGACGGCUCAAGCUGAGCAUAAUUGUUUCUUGUAUUUGCAUCGUAAUUUUUUGUAUAAUGAGGGAUUGUCUUGUGCUGGAGCAAUAGUGUAUAAUACUACUGAGGAUGUAGACUGUAUACCAUUGUGUAGAUCAUUUGAUGCCAGUGCUGGGAUAUCAUGUGCCGAGAUUCUCUAUGUUGGAACCCGUGCAGUAUGUGCUUGUUUCACAGGGUGUGAUCCCCGGGAAGAAAACAUAGGGCCUAACUUUUGAGAUAAACUACUGGAAAGAUGCAUUGUCCAUUAAUCUUUGGUUCAAACCGU